AGAAGUGACUAAGUCGUCAUUAGCAGACGCAACUUUCUUCUACCUUGAUUUACCUUCCCUGAUUAAGAGUUAUCGAGAACUCUUCUUUUUGAAGACAAUUUAUUACGAUAUCCAAAGAAAAUAAAUAUUUGAAGAGGAUUUAACGAAAAACAAGGGAUGACAGUUUAGUGCUCGUACAAAAAAAUUAUAAAACGUUUGUGAUGAGAAAAGAUGGCCUUCUUUAAGCAAUUAAAGAAUAUUUUCUCAAGAACCUCUCUACCCGAUGGGGAUAAAAAGAAGUCAACCGACCAUCCUUUUGUUAAGAAAAAUAUAAAUCCAGCAGAUACAUGGGAAAAUAUCGGCGUUUUGGGCGAUGGAGCAUAUGGCAAAGUGUAUAAAGCGAGAAAUAAAGUUUCUGGCUUACUUGCCGCUCUUAAACAAGUUGAUAUAUCAAAUGACGACGAAGUUGCAAACUGUACUAUUGAAAUUGACAUCCUGACAGAGUGUGAACAUCCUAACAUUAUUAAAUUACAUGAAGCAUUUUUUUGGGAAGAUAAACUAUGGAUGUAUAUAGAAUUUUGCGAAGGUGGGGCUGUUGAUCGUAUAAUGGUCGAUCUAGAAAAACCAUUAUCUGAACCUCAAAUUAAAUAUGUUACAAAAGAAGUAUGUAAAGCAUUGGGAUUUCUCCAUGAUAAGUUUGUCAUACAUAGAGACUUAAAAGCAGGCAAUAUUUUAUUAACCGGUGAUGGUCAAGUGAAAUUAGCGGAUUUUGGUGUUUCGGCUAAGAAUACGAGUAAAUUCAAAAGGCGAGAUUCAUUCAUAGGAACCCCUUAUUGGAUGGCCCCAGAAGUUAGCAGGUGUGAAUGGGAAAGACAAGAAGCAUACACGUUCAAAGCCGAUAUAUGGAGUUUAGGUAUAACUCUUAUAGAAAUGGCUGAAAUAGAACCUCCGAAUCACGAACUUAAUCCGGGAAGAGUUGCCCUACGCGUUCAAAAAGCUGACCCUCCGAAACUACAAAGUAGAAGAAAGUGGUCUACGGACUUUCACGAUUUUAUUUCAAAAUGCCUCGUAAAAGAUCCAGAUUUAAGACCUGAAUGUUCCGAGUUAUUCGAGCAUCCGUUCCUUAAAAGCGUUCAAGAUAAUAGAGACAUAAGGAUGCUCAUCGAAGAAUCAAAAGCAGAAGUGGAAAUUGAAGCCAAAGAUAUGGAAGACACUGAAGUUAAGGAUGAGGCUAUGAGUGAAGACAGUAAUUCCAUCGAUGAUAAUCCCAACAUUGAUAAUUCUAGUCAAGAUAAUAUUAGUAUGAAAUCAGCUGUUAGCGAACAAGGCCCCAAGACCCCUCUAACUCCGGUUGUAACGUUGGAGGAUAUCAAAAAAAUUGAAGAGAAACAGGACAAGAAGGAAGAAAUAAAAACGGAUACAAAAAAAGACAAUGCCGAACAAAAGAUUAACGAGAAAAAAGUGGAAAAGAAAAGCGAAGAGAAAGAGCUUCCUGAUCCUACUAGUCAACAAAAGACUCAUAAUAGAAUUGAGGAGAUUGAGGAGAAAAAGACUGAGGUGAUUUGUUCUUUAUCUGAAUCUCAACCACCAAACGAUCAAAUAAUAGAUUUAGUUGCUAAAAAGGAGCAAACGUCUGGUGAUUGCCUUAUUUUAGACUCUAAUUUAACUAACAAUAAUGAAUCAGUGGAUAAUCUUAGUUAUGGUUCAAAGCCAAAAGAUCGUCUAAAGGACGAGUUAUCGGACACUAUACUGCUAGAUAUUAUCGACGACGUCAUCAAAUCUGAAGCUACAACACCAUCUGUUCCCGAAGCUGUAUUUUUGACAAUAAAAGAAUAUACGAAGAAAGAAAAAGAGAACUUACAAAAUCAAAAUAAAGAUGAUAAAGCGAUUGAUACAAGUGUUCCUUCGGCAACCGAUAUCAUUAAGCGUCUUAAUUCUCAAACAUCCCUUAAAGAAGGAGAAAGGGAGAGAAAGAAGUUGAAAAAUGAAAAUAGAAAAGAUGAACUCAGGGAUUCAUCACAUUCCGCAGGAAGUGGUACUACUGAUAACAAUGUUGAGAAGGCACGAAGAAGUGCCAGUCCUAAAUCAAUAGAGUUGAUGGAAACAGUGGCCACAAAUAAUAAAACGACUCUGGACAAAAAACUUUCUGGAGAAAUUACUAUUAAUGGUAAAGUUGUACCUGUGGAGCCCAAAACUGAAGACAUCAAUGAUAACAAAACAACUCAGCACGAAUUAAUCAAACAGCAACUUGAAAGGAAAAUUGGUCUUUCGAAGAAAGAUACGCCAGCACCAGCACCAGCACCAGCAUCAACAUCAGCAUCAGCAUCAACACCAACACCAACACCAACACCAAUACCGGUGCCGAUAAAAGCCGAUGAACCUAAAUAUAUUCAGAGAACGAAUAACGAUCGACCUAAAACACUUGGUAAUGGCGUGUCAGCUGCAAAAGGCAAAUCUUCACCUAUCAAAAGCGAAAUUGGCACUUCUCCAACUGUUCAAGAAGAGCAUGCGGCGGCCACUCUAAGUAGACAAGAGAAUAAGUCGCAUUACCGCACUUUAACAAAAACAAGGAAAUUUGUUGUUGACGGUAUUCCUGUGACUUCUCAAAGUUCAAGAAUAGUUUUAAGUGGAGAUGAAGAUAAAAAGAGGCUAGAUUAUGAAAAAUGGAGAGAAAACUUACGAGAGAUGAAGAAACUUCAUCAAAUCGAAAAUCGAGAACAUCAAGAAAUAGUGACUAAAGCUGAGAUAGCGCGAAAAGAACAAUUGAAAAGAUUUAGUGCAGAAAUGGAGGUGCUCUUAGAAAGUUAUCAUAAUGAUAUAAAUAUAUUGAAAGGACAGCACCAAGAGCUAAUGUCAAAAUCACGUAAAACAGGUGAGAUAGAUGUGGCAAAUAUGUCGAAGAGAAUACAAAAAGAUCAGGAGAAAAAGCUUAAAGAGUUUAAAAAUACGUUGAAAAAAGAUUUAAAAUUGAAAUAUGGUAGUCAUGGAAAAGGCAUGGAAAUGAGAAGAGAGGAGGAGGAAAGAAGAUUCAGAGAAGCACAAACUGAGGAAAGAAAUAAAGAAUUGAAAAGACUACACGACAAUCAUAAAGAAAAACAAGCCCUAAUUGCUCGUCAGCACCUACAAGAACAACAUAAAUUGCUUAGAGCGAGAGAGGCCGCAAUUUGGGGAGUGGAAGAGAGUCAAUUGCUCGAAAAACACGCUAUGAAAAAGAGGCAAAUGGCCGAUAUGUUCCAAUUGAAAAGGCAACAGACACAACACCGACAUGAGAAGGAAAAAGAACAAAUGAAAUCGUUAAUUAGUAGGAAAGAGGAAGAAAUGCUGAAACGACAUAAAAUUGAAAACAAUCGCUUUCCAAAAGUUCAGAGAGAAGAGAUGAAAACUAGACAAUUAAUGUAUAGGCGAAGUUUAAAAAUCGAUUAUCCAAAUAUGUCAUUAGAGGAAGAAAGAGAUAAAUUAAGGGAGUUUGACGACCAGGAACAAGCUCGAUUUGCGCAAAAUAAAUUAAGACAAGAAUUAAAGCAUAAGAAACAAUGGGAUGAUUUAAUAAAGAAAAAUGACUCAGCCAUGAAUGAAUUAAUAGAUAUACAGAAGGAAAAAACGAGGACAAUUAUUGAUGUUGAAGAGUCUAAAAAGCUAGAGUUAAAUAAAGUACUAACAGCUGAGAUUCAAGCUUGGAAAGAUAAUCUUAAACCGAGGAAAAAGGAACUGGAAGAAAAAUUUGCAAAGCAAUUAGUAGAAUUGGAUCACUUUUAUAGAAAUGAUUUACCUGCAUCUCAUGCAGUUGGAGAGAUGGAAUUAGCAACCGCAAUGUAG